AUGACGGCUAUGCCUCCAAAUAAAAUGUUGGAGCACUACACUCCAAGAUUUCUUCCCAGUGCUAAAAGACUUAAAUUUCCUUCUAAAUGUAUGAAAGUGUGGCUCGUGACCCUUAACAGUAUAUUUACAUUAAUGGGAGGAUGUAUUUUAGGUUUAGGAUGUGUGUUAAAAUACAAUUCUGAAUUAAUCCACGUGUACAUUAGACCUAUAUUAGGAGCCUUCAAAGACAAUGGAGAAGAGAUUAGUUUACAAGAACUCUAUGAUGCAUUGUCUGUUAUAUUUGUUGCUGUUGGUACAUCCAUGUUUAUUGUGGGUUUCCUGGGCUGUUUUGGCGCUUGGUGUAACAUGAAGUCCUUCUUGUUGAUGUACAUCAUCAUAUUGAUGGUAGUAACAUUGUCUGAAAUUGUAUGUGCUAUAUUAUUAUUAACAAUGAAAAAACAGAUGGAUAUAACAUUGCAACCGUUACUCAAAGCGGCUAUACAGACAGACUACACUGGAGAUGAAGGUGUUGAUGUAACAACAAUAGGAAUGAAUUACCUAUUCACGGAGAAAGAUACAUAUAUGAUAAAUAAAUACAGUCCUCGUAGUAAUGGACCUGAAAUUAAAUAUAAAAACAAUGCUCUUACAAUCAGAAGCUUACAUGGACAGUAUGAUUGUUGUGGAGUUCACAACUAUACAGAUUUACAUCAAGCAGAGAAUUGGAUCAGGGAUGUCUCUCUCUAUGGUUUAACGUUUCAGAUGCAAAUACCACUGAUGUGUUGUAAACUAGAGGGCACCUAUCCUAAUAUCAUCAUACCAGACGAUAAAACUUGUACCAUGUUGCCAGAUCAAAACAAUUCUUUUUACCACAAGGGAUGUUAUUAUGAAGUCGAAAACUCAAUCAAUAAAUAUCAAAACACUAUUAUUGGUGCUGGCGUAUGUGUCCUAAUUGUAGAGAUUAUCAGUAUAGUUUCCAGUAUUUAUUUAUUGAAAGAAUUGUUGUUUUUAAAGAGAAAAUUCUGUAAUGUAACCCCUGUAAGUGCCGCAGGCAUCGCAAACAGUCAACGAGAAUGCUGUUCCGAAAGGCCUCAUAUGUUAGGUGAUCUAUCCCAAUUUUCAAAAGUUUUCGCUGAUCGUGCUGUAUCAUGCCUUCCUGGUAAAACACAAUGA